CUCUACUUCAAGCCUUCUCCACUGCGAAAAUGGUCUCUGUCCAAUCCAUUGCUUGUAAGCGUCGUGGAUUUCUUCUCCAGAGGGGGUGAGAACUUAGAAAGGACUAAAAAAGACCAAUUCACCCGUGGGCUGGUCUUUUCUCUCCUUAAAAAGAUGGGCGGGCCCGCAUAGCCUUCUCUUUACAAUUACCGCUCGUCUUUCACUGUACACCACCUAUUCUCUUUACUAUUGCCUGUCAGCAUCACUCACAUCCGAGUCCAUCACCUAGUCCAAUUCAGAAUAGAAGAAUAAGUCACGAAAAGCUGCACGCGACCACCCUAGCACCAUCUGUACAACCAGGUAGAGACCCGCAGCCUACCAAGGUCGAGCCGGUCCAGCAGACGAGGAUUCACGACUACGACCUUCCAGCUAUAAACUUCCCCAUUCUUCCGUCCAAGCCAAAAUGCUUUCUGCAAACGAUAAGCCUGCGAAUGGCCUGAGUCCCUUAGUGUUCAGCCAUCUCAGCAAGCCAACUCCCAAGACAGAUUACCGUAUGCCUUUGAAUGGACGGCUCAGCGUGGAAAUGCAGCCAUUACAACAUAUCUGGAUCGUCACCGGGCCUGCAGGCUCAGGCAAAACAACCGUUGCUCAGAAGCUCCAGGCUGAGCUGGGAUUGCCCUAUUUAGAGGGAGACGAUUUUCACACCCCCGCAAACAAGGAAAAAAUGGGCAAUGGGAUACCCUUGAGCGAUGCAGAUCGUUGGGAUUGGUUGAUUUCCCUGCGCGACGCUGCAGUGAAUAUUCUAUCGCCUCCUGACUCAGACAACACCCCGGCGCCAUCCGGUGUAGUCAUGUCUUGCUCGGCACUGAAGCUCAAAUAUCGGGACGUCAUCCGGAUAGCCGCGUAUGACCACCCAAGCAUUCAAAUCCACUUUAUAUACCUCAAAGCAGACGAAAAGGUGCUGAUGGAGCGAGUCAACGAACGCGGCGGCCAUUAUAUGAAAAGCAAUAUGAUCCGCUCGCAAUUCGAAGCCCUCGAGGACCCUACCGACGAGAAGGAUGUUCUCGCAGUUGAUGUCACAACAUCUCCAGAGGAAGUCCAUCGCCGGGUCUCGGAAACUGUGGCCAAGAAAUUAGCGGAAUAUAAUUGAUAAGCGUGAUGUUCUUGGUGUCUGCGAAUGAUAACAAGCGCUAUGGUGUUCGGCAAUAGGUGCAUUAGCAUGGAUACACUUUAUUUUUUCCCUUUUCAAUUGCAUUGGUUGAUAGCCGGGUUUCAGGCUUUAAUGAUUUUGAUCCUUUUUUCUUCUUCGGUCAUAUUACCUCAUCGAGGUUGUCUUUUCAUUUAGUAGAUUUAUAUCGUUGUAAUACAUUAGAAUCAAUAAACUGGACC